AUGGGCAAGUCGUCCAAAGACAAACGCGAUGCCUACUACCGGCUCGCCAAGGAACAGAACUGGCGAGCCCGAUCUGCCUUCAAACUCAUUCAGAUUGACGAGCAAUUCGACCUCUUCGAAUACGAAAACCCGGACAGAGUGACGAGAGUCGUGGAUCUUUGCGCCGCUCCAGGGAGUUGGAGUCAAGUUUUGAGUCGUGUCUUGAUCAAAGGCGAGAGCUUCGGUCGACGGGCAUGGAUCGACAAGAAGCGCAGGGAAAAAGAGUCAUUGGAUAAUGCCAAUUCAACCACCAGCAUUGAUAGUGAACAUCAAACAUCCUUUGGAGAGAGCGAUCCUAGCGCAGAAUUGAAGCCCCGGAAAAAUGUCAAGAUUGUUUCAAUUGAUUUGCAGCCGAUGGCACCUCUCGAAGGCAUCACGACCCUCAAAGCCGAUAUCACACACCCCUCUACAAUUCCUUUGCUUCUACGCGCGUUGGACCCAGAAGCCUAUGAAUCUCCCUCAAAUCCCUUCGAGACAUCUUCAUCUAUACCUGUGGAAAUAAAACAGCCUCACCCCGUCGAUCUUGUCAUCUCCGAUGGUGCCCCGGAUGUAACAGGCUUACAUGACCUGGAUAUCUAUAUUCAAUCACAAUUGCUCUUUGCGGCUUUGAAUCUGGCUAUGGGCGUAUUGCGCCCGGGCGGCAAAUUUGUUGCGAAAAUUUUCCGCGGACGUGACGUCGACCUCCUGUAUGCCCAGCUACGUACCGUUUUCGAGACGGUCAGCGUUGCCAAGCCACGGAGUAGUCGCGCAAGCAGUCUGGAAGCCUUUGUGGUGUGUGAAGGAUUUAUCCCGCCUGUUGGCGAAGAGGGGCUUGUGGGUAUGGCCGCAUUAAAGAAUCCUCUCUUCGGCGGAGCUAUGACACCCAAGCCGGUUUCAUCUGAUGGGAACUUGGCUGUCGAAAUGCGCGACGAACAAGAAGGCGUUCGUCAAGCCCGGGUACAAUUAGCUGGAGCUGCCUCAAAUAGCAGCAAUUCAUCUACUCACCGCACCGAAGUUCGCCAUCUGCAUCCUACACCGACUUCAAGAGACCUCCCACCUGCGCAAAAGGCCCCUACCAAGUUUGCUGUGGAGAAUCGCUGGAUUCCCUCAUUCAUCGCUUGUGGUGAUCUUUCGGCCUGGGAUUCCGAUGCUUCCUAUACACUUCCGCCAGACUACGUUAAUCUGGAUCCAGUGCAGCCUCCUACUGCUCCUCCGUACCGGAAGGCCUUAGAGUUUAGGAAACAGAUGGGCGGCGCGUAUGGGAAGACGAAAACUGGGGCCCUCACCAGCGCUUGA